AUGGCGGCGGCUCCGCUGCUGCUGCUGCUGCUGCUGCUCGUGCCGGUGCCGCUGCUGCCGCUGCUGGCCCAGGGGCCCGGGGGGGCGCUGGGAAACCGGCAUACGGUGUACUGGAACAGCUCCAACCAGCACCUGCGGCGAGAGGGCUACACGGUGCAGGUGAACGUGAACGACUAUCUGGACAUUUACUGCCCGCACUACAACAGUUCGGGGCCCGGCGGCGGGGCGGAGCAGUACGUGCUGUACAUGGUGAGCCGCGCCGGCUACCGCACCUGCAACGCCAGCCAGGGCUUCAAGCGCUGGGAGUGCAACCGGCCGCACGCGCCCCACAGCCCCAUCAAGUUCUCGGAAAAGUUCCAGCGCUACAGCGCCUUCUCGCUGGGCUACGAGUUUCACGCCGGCCACGAGUACUACUACAUCUCCACGCCCACCCACAACCUGCACUGGAAGUGUCUGAGGAUGAAGGUGUUCGUCUGCUGCGCCUCCACAUCGCACUCCGGGGAGAAGCCGGUCCCCACUCUCCCCCAGUUCACCAUGGGCCCCAAUGUGAAGAUCAACGUACUGGAAGACUUUGCGGGAGAGAACCCCCAGGUGCCCAAGCUUGAGAAGAGUAUCAGCGGGACCAGCCCUAAGCGGGAACACCUGCCCCUGGCGGUGGGCAUCGCCUUCUUCCUUAUGACACUCUUGGCCUCCUAGCUCGGUUCCCUCCCUUGACUGGGGGGAGAGAUGGAAGGGGCUGGGCCCGAAAAGGGAGACUUUGGCCUCUCCAUGGGAAGCCUAGCCCAGCAGCCUAGACCCCUCCUCGGAUGGCUGGAAGUGGGGCUCGCACCAUACAUCUGUGUCCGCCCCUUCUGCCCCCUCCCUCUACGUAGGGCACUGUAGUGGACCAGGCACAGGGACAGCCACAGGUCACAGAGGCCUUGAGGUUCCGGUAAUGUUUGGUACCAAACUGGGGGGCCAUAAAAGGCAGUGCUCAGGACUCCCUGCCCCCUGGUACCUUUCUCUGUCCCCUGGUGCCCUCCCCUUUUGUCCCCCCAGAGAAACAAAUAUGCCCCAAAGAGAGCACAUUGAAGUGUGGGAGGCACCCCCAUCUCUCUCUUCCAGGGGCAGGACAUGGGGAGGGGACUAGAUGGGCAAGGGGAUGGCAUCACCUGCUGCCCCCUUCCCCUGUUUACAGCAAUAAGCACGUCCUCCUUCCCCCAUUCCCACUCCCAGGAUUGUGGUUUGGAUUGAAUCCAAGUUUACAAGUUAGACAC